AGGCCGAGUUUAGAAUGGAGUGGGAGUAAAGGGGCGUGACAAUGAUUUGAGGCAAAUCUAAUUAUGAAUUGCGAACAAGUUUACAAAGCGCAAGGAGUGACCAUCAAAAUCAAAACCUUAUCCCCUGUCUGCUCUCACUCUUAUCGGAAUCUUAAUCAUGUCUGUUCAUCAUUGCUAUUAUUUCCAAAACCCAUUUCCUUCGCCAGCUGGACCUGCCAGAUAAUACGCUUCGACUAAUUUUCCGUGGGCUCAUAAGGCUCCUCUGCUCAACACCAUCCAGGACCACCCACUCCUUUGCUUCCUGCACAGUAUGAAGACUUAAUUAAUAAGAUGCGGACACUGCGCGCUGUUCGUGCUGUUCCAAGGUUGUUUGCUUUUCUUAAUUAUUUAAAUCAUUCGACAUGUCCAAGAUUCCUUUGAUUAUAGAUGCGUGGAUGCGAGAAGCCCAGGAGGCUUCUCAUUGGUUGGAGGACUUGGAGAGCAGAAUCAAGCAUAAAGGUCUCGUCCAUUCCACUUCCCUACACUCUGCUCGAUCCAAGUUAUUGGAGCUCGGAGUCAAACUUGAUCGCCUCGAAUCCUUAUUACGCAACCUACCAGCUAAACCCAUCUUAUGAAGAUGUGGAAUAUCGGUGGAAAAUGCUUAAAGACAUCCAGCUGAGAACAAAAUCAUUGGUUUCUAGCGUCUCUGCGGUACCAUCGCCAGACUGGCCAAGAGAUGUUCUUGCAACAGCAGAUACUGAGGAAUGCAACGUAGGCCCUGAUUACUGUGACCAAGAUCAGACGAAAACCUCGUACCAAGAUAACAUAGAAUUGCUGAAACCUCUCCUGCAAGAUGCUGGAAGCAGAAGUGAGGGGCAGGUAAGUAGUUCCUCAAUGUCAAUGUAUUGGGUAUGGAAGGCUUGCUCCGCAAUCUUGUUAUUCCUGGCACUGGCUGCACUUAUAUUUUUCCUGGCUCUUCUCUGCACAGCCUUCUGACGCCAUCCAGAACAAUUCUAUCCUCCGCUCAUUUCAUUACUUAAAUUCCCAACGUAGAUAGCAGAACCAUUUCUUCUUCCAAAUGUAUGUCCUUCUGUGAAUAUAGUGUGUGGGUGGGUGUAUUUUCGUUUCUUUUUUUCUUUCUUUCUUUUCUGUUUUUUUUUUUUUGAAAGAUGAGACACAUUCUCAAUGUGUUGUACAGAAUCUAAUGAGAAAUAAGACAUGUUAUUCAUUACA